UGGCUCGUCUCAGUUUAAGCUUAGGUUUUGCCUUGUAGGUUUAGUUUUCGAGUUGUUGAUGUAAAUGUUCGCUUCUGGGGGUUCUUUGUUUUGUGGACUUUGAGAUUACAGUGUUAAAUUCCGGCUCAGCCAAGGUUUUGGUUUGGGUUUGUCUCUCAGAACUGGCUUUUUUCUAAUUCAAGAGUUGAGUGUGGACUCUGAAGCUGUUCGUCUCGAACGUCCCAUUUUGUGGGGCUUUGGCUUCUGGCUUUUGAGAAUUUUGUGUUCCUUCCAGUUCUGGCUAGGUUUACCGGUUCAGGUUGCUCUUCUCGGUGGUAUCAUGGACUCCCCACAAUCUGUUGUGUCACCAUUCAAGAACUCCCAUUUAGCCGAGCCAGAGAAGCAGAAAUCCGACUUCUUCCAACGGAACUCUAGUUCCUUGUCAAAGGGAUAUGAGGUCAACAGCAAGGAUGCUUCGGUGUGUAACAUAGAGGACUUCAUGGGCGUACUUGAGGUUUAUGUACACCAGGCUAGGGACAUACAUAACAUCUGCAUAUACCACAAGCAAGAUGUUUAUGCCAAGCUUUGCCUGACUAGCGAUCCUGAAAACACAGUCUCCACCAAAAUCAUUAAUGGUGGUGGAAGGAAUCCGGUUUUCAACGAUAAUGUCCGUCUCAAUGUUCGAACGAUUGUUUCCUCACUCAAAUGUGAGAUAUGGAUGUUGAGCAGGGUGAGGAAUUAUCUCGAGGAUCAGUUGCUGGGAUUUGCUUUGGUGCCAUUAUCUGAAGUCCUCAUCAAGAAUGGGAAGUUGGAGAAAGAGUUCUCUCUAUCUUCAACUGAUCUGUUCCAUUCCCCAGCAGGGUUUGUUCAAUUGUCUCUCUCCUAUAAUGGGGCUUCGCCAGAAGUGAUGGCUAUUCCAGCAAUGCCAACUGCUUUGGCCACAAAUGGAACUGUUCAGGACACAGAAAUAACUGAGUCGCUACCAAAUGAUUUAGAUAAGAUCGAGUUCCCUGAUCCUAAGAUUGUGAAUGAAGACCAGUUGAUGGUAUCCGAGUAUAUUGGUUUACCAUGUCCCAGUUUGGACUCUCAGAGCUCCGAGAGCUUGGCUGCUUCUGAUGCUGAAAAUCCUAGUUCGGAAGGGGGUGCUCAUGUCGUGGAAAGCUUCUCAACUGGUACAAGUGAAUCCAUCCAACAUUCCAAGGUCGAUUCUCCUCUUAGCAGUGUGUCAACUAAUGGAGUUUCUUCUCCUUCAAACCUUGCAAGCUUCGAGUCUUCUGAUGCUCCAGAAGCAUUAAAAUCUCCAAAUCUGGAACGUGUUUCAGCCCCAAAAGAGAACAUUGUGGACGCUAAAGAUGGUGAGAGCGAUUCCUCAGGUGGGGGGCCAAGCGAUUCACCGACCAAGCCUGCUGUUACAGUCAACGUUGAGCCGGAACAGAAUGUGGUGCAACAGGAUAUAGUAGACAUGUACAUGAAAAGCAUGCAGCAGUUUACUGAGUCGUUGGCAAAGAUGAAGCUGCCUCUGGACAUUGACAGUGGAACAACCAGUUCAGGAAAUUCAAGCUCUGAGCAGAAAUCACAGGCAUCAAAGAAUUCCGGUUCCCGUGUGUUUUAUGGGAGUAGGGCUUUCUUCUGAGCUUUUGGUUCACUGGUUUGGAGGAAGACAGACAAGUGACUUUAGAUUUAGAAUGAGGACUAAUACUAGUUGUGAAGUAUAAUAAUGUGAUUUAGUGUGAUGUUCUCCUUUGUAUGUUGAGAUGUUUGUAGAUGACAGGAAAUCGUGACACUUUUGUACCUGCUACAAGCUUUGUUCUAUCGCAACUGCUAUUAUAUAUAAUAUGAACUACUCUAUUUUGUUUCUCA